AUGGUGGUGUACAAGGGUCGCAAGAAGACGACAGUGGAGUAUUUCGCCAUCAAGAGCAUCGAGAAGUGUGAAAAGCCCAGAGUCCUUCAAGAGGUGCGCACGUUCCACACGUUGGACCACGACAACGUCCUCAAGUUCCACGCCUGGUACGAGACAGCCAACCAUCUGUGGCUUAUUCUGGAGUAUUGUGUGGGCGGCGAUCUUCUUGCCCUUCUACGACAGGACUCGAAGCUACCGGAGGAGUCCAUUCAUGACUUCGCCCGUGACUGCGCGCAGGCCUUGCAGUUUCUGCAUUCCAACAGCAUCAUCUACGCGGACUUCAAGCCGUCCAACGUGCUGCUCGAUGAGAACGGCCGACCCAAGCUGUGUGACUUCGGCCUUGCGAGGCGUCUCACGGACAUAGCCAAGGGCUCCCAAGCCCAGGCGGCGGUGCCCAAGCGCGGAACGCCAUGCUACAUGGCGCCGGAGCUGCUGCAGGAGGGCGGGGUGCUGUCGUUUGCGUCCGACCUGUGGGCGCUGGGGUGCGUCAUGUACGAGUGCUACGCCGGCCACCCGCCCUUCCACUCCCCCACCUUCUCCGCGCUCGUCUCCGCCAUCCUCACGGAGCCCCCCCCGCCCCUGCCCGGGACACCCUCGGUGGAGUUUCAGGACCUUGUGAUGCGGCUGUUGGAUAAGAAUCCUGGGACCAGGAUGGGGUGGGAGGAGCUUAGGGAGCAUCCCUUCUGGCAGUCGCCUAUCAAGGCGCUGCCGCUGCCGCCGCAACCGGCGCUGAAGAACUUUCUCCGCGCGCAGGCGCAGGCGGAAGCGGAGGCGCAAGCGCUGGCGCAGGCGCAAGCAGCAGCGCGGAAUGGGGGGGUCAGAGGAGCGGGGGAAGGGCGGGAGGUGAGCGGGUCGGGUGAGCGGGAGGGGCGGGUGGCGCUGGGGGACGUGGCGGCUGCGUGCGGAAAUGCGGGAGAUGGGGGGCUUGCGGGGAGCGCGGAGGGCAGACGAGACGUCUUGGCAGGGGGCGGGAACGGCAGCAAAGGCGGAAACGGCGGGGAGAACGGCGGGGAUGGCGGACCGGGGAGGGGAGCGGCACCUCCAGUUGCAGCAGCAGCAACAGCAGUGCAAGCAGCAGCGGUAGCACCAGCAACACCCGGAACACCAGCGGCAAGUGCUGGCGGAGCAGCGGUGUCGGCGGAAGUAGUGGCGGCGAGCGUACUGCGCCUGUCGCGCAUUGUGCGCAGCAACCUGCAGAAGGACGCGGAGGGGGCCGAGGGCGCGGGCGGGAGUUACAGGCACGGCGGAGGGCUGAAGGCGGGGAGUCGGGAGGAGGUGCUUUUAGCGAGUCAUGACAUGGAAGUGGAUUUGGAAGAACGGGGCCAUGGCGCGGAGCAGGAGCGCGGCGCUCAUAUCGAGGAUGCUGGCGUGGAGAGCGGCGAGGAGGGCGCGAGCAGCGGAGGGGAGGAGGCUGGGGUGGGGCGCGCGCGGAAGCGGGGAACUCAUGCGCGCGGGAGUUCGGAUGUGGAGGAUGAGGGUGAAGGGGAGGGUGCGAGAGGGAAAGGGGAGGAGGAGGAUGAGGGUGAGGAGGACGAGGCUCCGGCCCGCACGACAGCAGCAGCAGCAGCAGCAGGAACAGGAACAGGAGCAGGGGCAGCACUGCCGCCAGUCGCAGUGGCGACAGGCGCGGCAGUGGCAGCGACGACAGUGGCAUUAACGACGACCACGACGACUAGCAUGACGACGACGAGCAUGACGGGCGGUAGCGUCACCUCCGAGGAAAUCGAGCUGGACCUCAGCAGCGGCGCCGCCACGCCCCUGCACCCCUCCUCCGCGCGCCACCCCAGGGAUGCGCGCAAGGGCGCGGGGGGAAGAGACGGGGGGAGGGAGGGAAGGAUGCGGGAGGGUGAGGAGGAGGAGGUGGUGGGGGGGUUGGCGGCGGAAGGGAGUGGAGAGGGAGAGGGUGAGGAGCAGCAGGUGCGCGGGGGAGGGGAGGAGAAGCGCGGGGAUGGGAAGGAUGUGGUGGAGGGAAGCGCGCAUACGGAGGGCGAGGGCGCGCAGCAGGCGGGAGCAGCGGAGGGGCGAAGAGAGCAGGGGGCCAAGGCGGCAACAGAGGGGAGAGGAGGCCGCGGGAGUGAGGGAGAGGGGCGGGCAGCCGAGGGGCCGGCAGCAGCAGGCGGCGCAGGAGCAGCAGCAGCAGAGGCGGAGAAGGCGCUGUCAGCAGUGGACGUGAUGUGGCACGCGUCCGACGUGGCAGUGAAGCCCAUCGUGCUGAACCGGCGCAUUGAGAAGCUCCCCGAACCCGCCUUCGACGCGCGCCACCUCCCCAUGGACCCGCUCGCCCCCGCUGACCUCGUCAAGCUGGCGGGCGGAAGCUCCGCCGCGGAGGGGCAGCAGCAGCGGGGGAGCAGCAGCGCGGCGGACGCAAUGCUGGGGCGGCUGGUGGGGGUGAUGUCGGGGAGCUUCUCCCUAGCGGAUAAGCUGAACGUGCUCAAGUACGUGGAGUCUCUGGCGUACGAUCCAGACGCGGCGAACGUGGUGAUCAACAGCCCGCUCAUGGUGUGCCUCGUGAAGUUCCUGCGCAACUGCAAGGUGCCUGCGCUGCGCGUGGAGCUCUGCACCGCCAUAGGGCUGCUGGUGCGCCACGCCACGGCUAUCCGGCGGGAGCUGGCGGCGAGCGGGCUGGUGGGGGUGCUGGCGGAGUGCCUGCGCGACAAGCAGGAGAAGGUGCGCCGGCGCGCCAUGGCUGCGCUGGGGGAAAUGGCGUUUUACAUCGCCACGCAGAGCCCCACUCCUGCCGCUGCUGCCGCCGCUGCUGCUCCGUCCCCUGCGAGCGGGUUAGUGGUGGGCGCGGCAGCGGGGGGAGGGGGGUGGCAGCUGACAGGCACAACGGUGACGCCAAUCAUGGCGAUGCUGCGGCGAGGGGAGGACGAGGUGACCAUGCACUAUGCCGUGAAGACCAUAGAGAAUAUUGUCAGCGAGGGCCCCGCAUGGGCGGCGCGCUUUGCCACGCAGGAGACGGUGGGGAACCUGUGCCACAUCUUCCGGCACAGCUCGUCGCGGCAGGAGCACCUGAAGCUCACUGCCGGGUCGUGCCUCGUGCGCAUCCUGCGCUUCGCCCCCUCGUGGGUGGCGCUCGUGCUGGACCGAAUCGGCCCUAAAGAGGUGGUCACAGCGCUGGCGAAAGCGGCGCCUAGGGAGCAGCAGCUGCUGCUGAGUCUUGUGAAUGUGGCGCUUGCUGCUGCUGCAGCGGGGCAGCUGCCUGCACGGCAAAUGGCAGCGUUGACGGAGGACAAGGGGGGUCUGCCUGCAGUGGCCGUGGGGCUGCUGCUGCAGGAGCAAGCCACGGAGGUGCUGCGGGGCAAGGCUCUCUGCUGUGUUGCGCUGCUGCUGCGCACCAACUGGCGCCUGCUCGUACCGUUCUGCACCGCGCACAAGCUGGUGCCGGCGCUGGAGCGCGUGAGGAGGGAGGCGAAGCCGGGCGGCAAGGAGGAGGCGUUUGUGGGCAUGUGUGUGGAGGCAGGGGUGCGUGCGGUGGGGGCGGCAGCGGCACAGCUCAUGGCUCAAAUACCUCAAGACGUGUCCGUGCUUGUGGCUGCUGUUGCUGCCACUACCUCCGCCUCUGCCAGCUCUCCCAUCCCUUCUGGUGCCCUUUCUGCUCCGUCCCCUUCUGCCGGGUCCCUAUCUCGCAAAGCAGGUGCCGCUGCUGCUGCGGCUGCUGCUGCUGUUGCUGCGGUUGCGGCUGCAACGAGGACAGGCAGUGGGGGGGGGGCAGGGGAUUCGUCCCCGCAUACGACCCAGCAGCAGGCGAUGCAGCAGCAGGCGCUGCAGGCGAGCAUAGUGGACAUGUUUGCGGUGGUGGUGAUGAUCAUGACGAGCCCGCUGCUGCGGCCGCUCAUUGUGGAGGCAGUGCUGCUGCAGCAGCUCACUGACUGCCUCUCCCUCUGCCUCGCCAGCUCUGCAUCGCUCUACCCGUUGGAGCAGCUGCUAGCAGCGGUGCUGCAGGCAGUGGAGGCGCUGUGCCAGCAGCCGCAGCAGCUGCUGCAGCACACAGCAGCGCUCGCCAGUGGGCUGCUACCCGCCCUCGCACAGCUCUACUCCAAGGCACCAGCAGGCGAGACGCGGUUCAUGUGCAUCAAGGUCAUGGGCGACCUGUUCGCCCUGCUGCUGGACCAUCUCACUGCUCUCAGACAGCAAGGGCGCGCGCAGCAGGAGGGAGAAGGCGAAGGGGAAGGGGAGGAGGAAAGGGAGAGGGAGAGGGUGAAGGUGGAGUGUGAGGCGGCACGAGCAGUGGUGCAGGAGCUGGUGUGCAGCGAGGUGCUGCCGCUGUAUGGUUCCCUCAUGACUGAUGAUGAGCCUGUGCCCACCUUCGCCCAGAAGCUUCUCGUGAACUUCCUGGACCAUUCGAUCGUGUCAGUGGAUAGCAUUUUGUCACUGGGGCUGGCGGCGUGCUUCUUUGAGAGGCUCGUGGGCGAGCCGGCGGCCAUCAACAUGCACACGCUGCGCCUGUGCCUCAUCCUGGCCGCGAAUCCUGCAGUGGACAAACGUGCGUUUGCGCACCUGCACCUGGUGCCGCGCAUGGGUGCGCUGCUGGAGCACGUGUGGCAGUGUGCCAUGGCGGAUUUUGUCGACCCUGUUGUGUCUCUCUGCCUGCUCGUGCUGGAGCGACAGGUGGCGGAUAACGGCAGUGGGGAGCAGGAAGGCGGGGCGGGCGAGGAGGAGGUGGAGCAGUUGGCAGAGUUCACGCGCGUGUUUGUGCACCUCUGUGCGGACCCAGACCCUGUGGUUGCAGACAUUGCUUCAGACUGCCUCUCUCUGCUGCUUCACGCUGUUCCCGACCACGUAGGGCUUGCUCUCGCUCCGCAUAUCCCUGAUGUCACCACGGUUCUUGCCAGCACGGUGCAGCAGCUGCAGGAGCUGGAGCAGCAGCAGCAGGAGGGAGGGGCCGAGGCAGGGGAGGAGACCAGUGGAGCGGAGCUAGCAUUAAAGGUGCAGGUGUUGCUGUUGAGAGCAGCAGGGUGCACGUGCAAGGAGUUGAGAACGGCGAUAGUGAGGAGACGGGAAGAGGUGGCAGCGCCUGUGGCGGAGCUGCAGCAGCUGCUGGGGCUGGCGAGUGCGGCGGCGAGGAGCAGUGCGGUGGAGGAGGUGGUGGAGGCGGCAUCGUCUACUGCCACGGACGUGCAGAGACUGCUGCGCUGCUGCUCCUGA